UACGCCUUCCCCAAGUCCCUUACCAUCUACUUCAAGGAAAUCCAGGAGUAUUUCUCCAUCUCCUACAGUGAGAUAGCCUGGGUCUCCUCCAUCAUGCUGGCUACCAUGUAUGCAGGAGGACCCGUGAGCAGUGUUUUGGUGAACCGCUAUGGGAGCCGCCCGGUGGUGAUAGUUGGAGGGCUAAUGGUUGGGGUUGCAAUGGUAAUGGCUUCUUUUGGCACCACCAUUUUGCAUUUGUAUUUAUGCGUGGGAGUCAUUGGAGGCUUUGGCUUAGCUUUUAACCUGCAACCAUCUCUUACAAUAAUCGGUAAAUACUUCCUUGUGAAAAGGCCCAUAGCAAAUGGCCUGGCAAUGGCAGGUAGCCCAGUCUUCCUGUCCACUCUGGCUCCCCUCAACCAGUUUCUCUUUGACCAUUUUGGAUGGCGGGGAAGCUUCCUCAUCCUCGGAGGAGUGCUGUUCAACUGCUGCAUGGCAGGAUCCCUUAUGAGACCUAUCAAGAUGAGGAAAACCACUGAUGAGAACGACACGGGAAAGCUGGACGUCACCUCUCAGAGAGCUGAGCAAAACGAGUCCAAGCAGUCAGGCUGUGCCACCAAAGUCAACCAAUUCAUUGAUGUCUCCCUCUUCAAGCACAGAGGUUUCCUUAUCUAUCUGGUGGGAAAUGUGCUCAUGUUUUUUGGGUUUUUUGCUCCAGUAGUCUUCCUGGCACCAUAUGCCAAGCAUCAGGGGAUAGAUGAGUACUCCGCAGCAUUCCUGCUCUCCAUAUUCGCUCUAGUAGACAUGUUUGCACGUCCUGGAACGGGUUUGGUCGCCAACACCAGAUGGAUUAGACCCAAGAUCCAGUAUUUCUUCAGCCUUUCUGUGACAUUUAAUGGCCUGUGCCAUAUAAUGUGUCCGCUCUUACCAGGUUACAGUGGCCUGGUGGUGUACGCAGUGUUUUUCGGCCUGGCUUUUGGGAUGGUGUGUGCUCUCCUGUUCGAGGUCCUCAUGGAUUUGGUGGGAGCCCAGCGGUUCUCCAGUGCGGUCGGGCUUGCUACCAUUAUAGAGUGUGGGCCUGUCCUGCUAGGGCCACCAAUCUCUGGUUUGCUGGUCGACAUCUUCAUGGACUAUAAAUACAUGUACUUUGCUUGUGGCGUGAUGAUGCUGCUUGGAGGUAUCUUCCUUUUCAUCAUGAACUAUUACAACUACAGAUGGUUGGAAAAGGAAGGAAAACAGAGAAAGGUGGAGGAGCUAGAGAUCGGCUCAGCCAAAGAACUUGCUGCCAAUGAGGAAAACAAAGACAACGAGGAAGAGAUCAGAUGGAACACACAGGAGGAAGGAUGAUCUGUCUGUCUGUCUUAAUAUCUGUUGUUCUGUCUACUUAUUUAUUGUUCUGUCAUUGUAUUUAUACGUAUAUCUAUCUGUCGUUGGUAUAUCUGCCUUUCUAUCUGUCUACCUAUCUACUGUAUGUAUAUCUGUCCUUUUAUCUAUAUGUCUAUCUGUCAAGAAAGAGGCAAAGAGUUGAAAUGAUUUUAUAUCCGUUUCCUCUAUAUCAUGUUAAAGCUUCUACUGUGAUAUAAGAGACAUGAAGUAGUACUGGUAGUAUUUCAGAAAUAUCUGACUGCUGAGACUGACCAAUCAGAAUCAAGUAUUCCAGAAAUCAGCAUUUUGUAUUUUAUUAAGAUUUAUUGCUUUAAUUGUAGAGUUUUCAUUGUAUAUUAUUACUUAAACAAUGAUAUAGGUUUAAUUUCAGUCUGAAAAUGUUACGCAGGUUGGCAAACAGAUGACUGGAAAAAAAACAAAAAACAGAUGAGUGUACAUUAUUAUAACAGACAUUAA